GUAAAAGCUAGCAACGAUUGUGAGAUGCUCAUUUCCCGAAAACCGACGGGAUAGGCGAUUUUUUAUUCAAUUUUCUGGAAUUCAGUUUCUAUAAAACUUACUCCACCUCAUCAUAUUACCAGAAACAAUAUUGUUUCACAAGGUAAUAGGUACUUGAUUUUGGUUCAUAAGGCCGAUUUUUGAUUUGUUGCAUCAUUAAUGUCUCUUUCCUGCUAAAAUUCACUAUUUUUAUCACGUGUUUCCCAAAAAAACUAUACAACAAUAAGUUAUACACCCCAUUACAUUAUCAAAUUUCAUACCUCACCUUCCUCUAGGGAUGAAAACAAAAUCCGAACCCACGGGUACCCACCCUACCCAACUCGGUCAACGCGGGUAAAAUCCGUGUUGACGGGUUUUGGGUCGGGUUUGGGUUUAAACCCGUUCAAUAUUCAUCGGGUUGGGUUGGAUUUGGGUUUAGGUAAACCCGACCCAUGGGUACCCGCCCACACCCAUAUAAUUAAUUUUCUCGAUAUAUUUAAUAUUCUAAACAACUUAUCUUAUUUAUGUUUGUGGAGACAUGUCUAAUUUUUUCUUUCUAAUUGUGUAGAAUGAAGUUGAUGUUAUCGAGUGGAGAGUGAAGAAACUUAAUUGAAAGGAAGAAGCUUUCAAUUAAUCAUUUUAUUUAUGGAUAAUUUGUUAUUUGCUUGAAUUUUCUAGAAUGGUAUUUUAUAUAUGGAUAAUUUGUAUUGAGAGAUUGAUAUUUGACUUUAAUUUUGAUAGCAACUUGUUAUUGUAAAUUUUUUAAGACAAAAACCUGUGGGUACCCAUGAAUCCACGGAUACCCAGGGGGUUGAGUUGGGUUUGAGUUUUUCAAACCCAGGGGAUUUUACCCCGAAUUUUUUUCACGGAUAAACCCAUGAAUUUGGAUUUGAAUUUGGCAAAACCCGACCCAACCCGACCCAUUGCCAUCCUACCUUCCUCCGACCAACUGGCCGGGGCCCACACUAGUUGCUAAUCAGAGAAAAUUUCUAACCGAAUUUGACCAAUUGCCUUUGUCUCACAAAAAAUGCAUUAUUUUUACAAUGCUAAUUUCAUUUCUUGUCGAUUAAAACGAUACAACACGAUACAAUUCAAAUUGCCUCGUCCGAUUUGUUGCAUCCUCAUUUGGUGUUUCCAAAUAAGGUCAUUAGACACGAUCGCUUCGUUUUAAAGCAAUUGGUCUAAUUGCAAGAUCCAAUUUCUUCAACUAAAACGAACCAUAUAUGUAGAUUCUAUUGAUAGAAGAUCCUUGUUUAUAUAUACGAAAAACAUUGCCAUAGAUGACUUUUUUGUCACUUGGUGCUAUUACAGCAACUCGACCUAAAACUUCCAGCUCGAAAACCAAUGGUAAUACCAAUAUAACUUGUAUUAUAACUGGUGUUCGCACUCUCCAAACAAAAUAUGUAAAAAUCAAUUGUAUCGCACUCGAAUACAACUUUAAAACAGAACGAUGAACAUAAUUUUACUAUUUAUUUGAUUUGAUUACGAAUUGUCCCCCAAUCACUGUCAAGCUCCCGUGAUCAACAAAAGAGUACUGAACAAUCUUACAAGAUUUCGUUUCAAUGGUUACCAAUUUGCCGAUUUAUUUUCCAUUGGGAGGCCGACUCUUCCGUUCGGAUCACGUAAUGAUCAUAAUAAGAAGCAACUUUACGGCUAAUUGCUUCAUAAUCUCUUUUUUCUUUGUUUUUGCUUGGCGCAUAUCCAGUCCAGCCUUGUGGUUUAGGUUACACGUAAAUCUUCUAAGGAUAGAGACAGAUUCCGGAUUUAUGAUGGGGAAAAAAAAACGUUCAUUCAUCCAAUCCUUUCUUUCAUAAGUUCAACUCUCAGCACGUGCUUUUUUUCUUCUUCUUCUUUGCUUUAUGGUGCUGUAGAGAAGUGAAGACAAAAUUUUCGUUAUAUUUUCUUUUUGGAAGAAAAAAGAGGUGCGAAGAAUAAGUUCUUGCCCGUUCGGUACUUUCGGUUGAUAUCUUGUUGGGCUUAAGAAGGGAAAAGGGCCGAACUGAUGAGACUCCGGGUGGAAUAUGGGCCUGACAUCAGAAAUGACGAGACUCCGGUGAAGUCUACACACUUCCCCUCUAGGCCUCUAGCUAUUGUUAGGCCCAUUUCGUUGCUUCCCAGAAAAUAAAGUUUCAGACUUGUAGGUAGGCCUGCAAACGAGCCGAGUCGAGUUUUUGCUUAGCUUGAGCUCGACUUGUUUAUAAAUUUUUUAGCUCGAGCUCGGCUCGAACUCAAAUUUUGAUUAUCCAGCUCGAGCUCGAGCUCGACUAGAUUAAAAAUAAUCCAACUCGAGCUCGGCUCGAUAGAGCUCGGUAAAUGCUCAUUAACACAACUUGUAAAGCUGAGUACAAGCUCGGCUCAAGAUAAGCUCGAUUUGAAACCAUUCUUGCUGAAAAAUGUGUACAAAUAACAACAUUAAAAAUUAAAAAUAAUAAAAAGAACACUAGAAACUAAAAAUAACAUCUAACUUCCAUACAAAUCCUUAUUAAAAAGAUAAUUUUCAUGUUCAGAAGAGUAAUUAAUCCUUCCACAAGAUUUAAACAAGCCAGCUCACGAGCUUAGCUCAACAAGCCACCGAGUCAAGCUAGCUCACCAGCUUAUCAAGCCGAGCAUGGCCUAGCUCAAGUUUGGCUCGUUUACUAACGAGUCGGCUCGCGAGCUGGCUUGUUAAACAACGAGAGCAGCUUGGCUCAUUUGCAGCACUACUUGUAGGAAGUUUAUUUAUGGAGUUAUACAUGGCAACGUGUACUGGCAAAAAUGGAAAACAAAUCUAGAAACCGUAAGUCCAGAGGAAGCAAAACCAACAAAAACCAAAACAAACGCGGGGAAGGUUACUGCACUAUGCAGCUGCGGCGCCAACUGGCCGCUGCACUACCCAUUAAUAGCUUACCCAACUGAAAACGCUUCUCUCCUUCACCAAAUUCCAAGAGAAGAACCCUCCUUCCUCUCCUUUCCCCAAUUCCAUCUGCUCGCAUUUUCGCCCGUUGCCAACAGAGCAACUGAAGAAGGGGGGAAAAAGGAAGAAAGAAGGUCAAAUUUGUUCAGCUACCCAUCACAGUGAUUUCCCUCAUUUUCCCGAUUCACUGGCGAAUUUUCUCACUGGGGUCCAUUGCUGUGUUUCCCGAGUCUCCAUUUCUGGUCUCGCAUUGCUGUAAAAGAGCUUGCUGCUUUGCGAAUUUGCAAACCUUUUCAUGGCCCUGAGAGCUGCGGAGUCCAUCUGGGUCGGCGCCCAGUUCAACUCUCGUCCAGAUUCUCCCGGGUCGCAUGCGAGACCCGGGCUCAUUGCCGUGGGUCGUGAUUCGGGGCCGGGUAGGCUGUUUAGGAAAUGGCAAUGCCGUUGGGCGUUGGUUCCUGCUCAGACAAGUGUCACUCCGGUCGAUGAUGAGAAACCUCUGACCCCUGAAGCAGCUAAACCUGUUGGGGCAACAACUCAUGGCCCCAAGGAGAUUGUGUCCAAGGGAUUUCACAGGGAUCUCAACUUUCUUCCCAGACCGUUAAGCGUAACGGACGAUUCAUCUGAUGAUGGCACAAAAGUGAGGGUUGCAUAUCAGGGGAUUCCGGGUGCAUAUAGUGAAGCUGCUGCACUAAAGGCAUACCCGGGUAGUGAAACAGUACCAUGUGAUCAGUUUGAAGUUGCCUUCAAGGCUGUAGAACUUUGGUUAGUGGAUAAAGCAGUCCUCCCCAUCGAGAACUCAGUUGGUGGAAGCAUCCAUCGUAACUAUGACUUGCUCCUUCGCCAUAGGCUUCAUAUAGUAGGAGAGAUACAGCUGGAAGUUAAUCAUUGCCUCUUGGCAUUGCCUGGUGUAAGGAAGGAGGAGCUCAAACGUGUACUAAGCCACCCCCAAGCACUCGCUCAGUGUGAGAUGACAUUGAGCAACUUAAAUAUUACUAGAGUCAAUGCUGAUGAUACUGCUGGUGCAGCUCAGAUAGUAGCUGCAAGUGGCCAAAGAGACACUGGGGCAGUUGCUAGUGCUCGAGCAGCUGAGAUCUAUGGUCUUGAUAUUGUAGCUAAAAAUGUUCAGGACGAUGAAAACAACAUUACUCGCUUCCUUAUACUCGCGAGAGAACCUAUCAUUGCUGGGAACGACAAGCCAUAUCGGACAAGCAUUGUUUUCACCCUUGAAGAAGGUCCAGGUGUGCUGUUCAAAGCACUGGCAGUGUUUGCUAUGAGGGGCAUCAGCUUGACAAAGAUAGAGAGCCGGCCACAGAGAAAGCGCCCAAUGAGAGUGGUCGAUGGUUCUAACAACGGCAGUGCCAAGUACUUCGACUACCUCUUUUACAUAGACUUCGCAGCUUCCAUGGCAGAACCACGUGCUCAGCGUGCUCUUGCAAACCUAGAGGAGUUUGCUAGAUUCCUUCGAGUUCUCGGUAGCUACCCAAUGGAUACCAUUCGAUAAGAUGAGCCCGCGGUGUGUUUUACUUGAGUAGCAAGACAGAAAGGAAAGCAGUUGGCUGAUAAGAAAAAGAAACAGUUGGGCAGUGGCGUAUGUUGUACAGACAUAUGAUAGAGAUAGGUAAGGCGCGCCAUCGAUGCACUGCUGAUGGUUGCCAACUUGUUGUAAAGGAGCCAGCGUUUUCCCCCCUUCAUUUCUGCUUUCCUUCUUUCUCAUUCAUUUUUGUUCUCCUUGCAUUGUUUACAAUAACGAUGCGAGCUGAGGGAAUUCCUUCUGUCAAUUCUGGAGAAUGUGUAUGUCUAUAACUUUCUAAGGAGUGUUGAACUUGAGUGAGAUUGCUGCAGUUUCCCUUAUUUGUCAAAGCUAACCACUUUCAUUUUUCCUUGCAUGAAGACUUUUGGAGAGGAGGGGGGAAUCAUUUUCGGGUUAUAUGGAGCUAAUGAAGGCUCAAUCAAUCGAAUAGUUGAAAGCUGCUACAGCAGUUCAAGCAAUAAGGUAAGUACAUAAAAAAGCACCCAGUCCACACAAGGAAACACACUACUGUUAGAAACUUUUUCUAACGGGUCUCUAGAUCAGAUCUAGAGAUUGAGAAUUUAGGGUUUAUAGAAUAGAAUUGGGGAUUUAGGGAUUUGAGGAGAAUUUGGAGAAGAAUUAUAGAGAAUCGGCCUAAUCCUUUAGAGGGAUUGAGGUUAAGAAUUGAGAGGAUAGGGAGAGGGAUUAAGGAGAUAAUUCUUUUAUUAAUUUCUGCUUAAUCUGACGAAUGACCCAAAGUACAUCCUCCAUUAAUAUAUUGUAGAGUUUUGUGUACUUUUCUCCAUUUCAAAUUUCCUGUAACGAGAGUGAAAGUAGGAAGGUCAUUUUUGUCUUUACACAUUUAUUAUUUAUUUCAUAUAAAAAUAGCAAUAUCAAGAUUUGAACCCGGGUCUCUUCAAACAAAGAUAACAAACACAACCAAUUACACUAAACAAAUUUAUUGCAUCCUUUUUUAUACAAAAAAUAGACAAAGUUAAUCUCUGAAAAUCAGGACUUUUUCAUCAUAAUUAGCAAGCUCACUAAGUCUACCGUAUGUAUUUUUAUCGAGCUUGAUACUUCUAUUUUCAUAGUAGAGUUUCAUGUAAUUUUCUCAAUUUUAAAUUCCCGCUCUCUCCUUAAUUUUUGCUAAAGGUAAAUGGGUAAUUGGCCAACAUGGAAGAAACUAAUUAUGUAACUACUGUUGUAUCCUUGCAUUUUUCAAUUUAAAUUUAAAUUUUGUGUUUUUUUUAUCUUUGUUCUUUUCUCUUUCUAACUUCCUCCGAAAUUUCAUCCAUCGUGCAAAGUUUGCGCCUUUCACUUCCCAGUACAAGACUGUUAUUGAAAAUCAAUCUUCAUGUAUCUCUUGGCACUACGGUUUUAUUGUUGGAGAUUUUAAGCUGGGCGAGUAGAAGAUUUCAACUCCGAUAUCAAUUCAUGGCGAAUAGAAUGGAGUUCAUCAAUAACUGAAGUUGUAGAAGAAAGAUUAGAAAUUGAA